AGUUUACAAGUCGUGUUUGCAUAAUUAUGUGCGGCAGAUGUCAUGUGCACGUAUGUGAAAAGAGCAGACGAAUCGUAAGACUUGUGACUGUGAGCAAUUUUUCUUGUUUCCCGGAUAGAAAUUAUUGAAACUUUUCUCAAAUGCUUCUGUGAAUUUUCCACCGUAACGUCAAGUGUUUCUCUAAAAAAGAUUUGAACCCUCAUCCCUUGUUCCAAGUAAACCACCAGCACCAUGGCUGGUCGAAUUGUAAUGUGCGAGCCAACAGAGCUAUACAACAUCCUUCAGCAGGCUACAUCCUAUCCAUGCCUCAGUGAUGCCAAUUACCUCUUGCUACUAGAUGCCCGGCAAACAAAUGAGUAUAAUGAGAGUCACAUCAUCACAUCCAAGAAAGCACCUCGGUCAGCCUCAGGAGAAUUCCUUGUUCCGUAUGAUGGUGAGCUGGAAUGCAAAAUGCAUGUUGUGGUUCUAGACAGCAAAACGCGAAGCCUGAAAGAUCAAGAACCUGCAAUUGCAUGCGCCCAAGUCAUGUCAGAGAUGGGCAGCCGCAAUCCUGUCAAGGUCCUCCGGGGUGGCUACGAGGAGUUCUCGGCCCUCUACCCGUUCCUGCGAACGCAGAAGAUCAUCUAUAUGCCCAGGGAGCUGGACCAGCUCCAGCCCUACCCUGUGGAGGUGCUGCCCGGCAGGCUGUACCUGGGGAACUGUCAGCAGGCCUGCCGGACGUCCGUCAGGAAAGACCUGAAAAUCAAGGCAGUAGUGUACCUGUCAGCAGAGCCUACAGAACUAGACUGUGCCCUGAGCAGUGAUCAGCUGCUUCACAUUCCAGUCACAGAUGACGAGGAUGGGGACCUAGACCCUCACUUGAACCCAGCAUGCCAAUAUCUGGGUGAUGUGAUAGGUUCCGAGCAGCCUGCCCUCGUAUGCAGUGACCACGGUCUGAGCCGCAGUGUCUGUGUGGUGUUAGCCUUUCUCAUGGUGUUCUACAAGUGGACACUGCAGGAAGCCUACAAGCACCUUGCCUCUUGUAAAAGCAACAUCCGUCCCCACCGCUCGUUUGUCCAUCAGCUGUCCAAGUGGGAGAAGACUGUGUUUGGGGAGACCCUCACAGACAUCAGUGAGCCAAACUUCUAGAAGUGCUGGAAUUUCUGUAUUUAAGUGAUCAGAUUCAUCCUUAGUUUCCUCAUCCUACGACGGGGAACAAGUGCAAAACUUUGAAGUUGAUUCCUCAUCUGGGAUUCUGCUGACUGAAAGAACUAUGGGCCCUGUCCCCGCCAUGUCUGGAUUCGGAUAGUGAUAGCUUUUCACAAAUUUGAGUCUUUUCAAAUGGUUGUCUUCAAAAGUUAACAUUGGAAGGAGAAGCAUCAUUUGGGGAAGAGGGCAAUUCAAACAAAUGGAACCAAAGUUGUCAAACUUGAAGAAAAGAACCAUUUCCCACCCCUGUGGGUUUACUUUGGUUCUUGGUGGUAACCAGAGAUACGUGCAGAGUAGCUUUAAACAUUAGAUCAUUUCAUUCUUCAGUGACACACAAGUCUCCUACUAGCAGUCAUGACUGCUCAGAGGAAUGUGAUCAAGGAAUGCGCUAGAUUGAGCUGUAGUUUACUUACAUGGAUCAAAGGGGAACCUAACGCAAGUGAACAAGCUCAUGUCAUGUUUGUAAGUCACCUUGCACAACCACAUUAUUUCCUUUCUGGCCUGCUUCAGCUUCCAACAAAAGCAAAACGCAAGCACAAGUGUAUUCAGUUCUGAAAUGUCACACAUGUACCAGUACUUUAAAUUUUCUCCAAAGCUUAUACUGGUUGUGAAUUGUUUAUUUCAUAUUUCAGAAGUCAAGAACGGACUAUUGUAUAAAAUCCUGUAGAAUAUUGUACAUCUUUAUUAUAGUUGUGAGGUGUAAUUCUUCAAAAUGGUUGCAAACUUCCUGUUGUUCUCUUUGUAAAUAAAUAUGGGUCCAUUCCAUUUUCACUCUUGUGGUAAAUAUCA